AUCAGAACAGUUGUUUCCUGGGGUAAAACGAGACUGCGUUUACACUAUCAGUGUCGUUGCUGGUAUAAUGCAUUUGCCUUUGUUAUUUUGUUUAAAACAGAACUAUUCAAGGAUUAAACGUAACCUGAUUAACUUCUACAAUGGGCUGGAUGCAAGAAUAUGUGUAUCAGAACUCAACCAGGUCAGGGUGUGACGAUUCAUUCUCAACUGAAUAUUUCUUGCACUUUUCCCUCAUACCAGCUGUGUUCAUUGUGGGAGUGCUUUCAUUCCUCAAAAGAAGAACCAAGAAACAUGUCAUUGACCAGAGACUUCCGUUACUACAAGGACGUUUUGGCAUUGUCAUACCCAUGGACGCUAUGGGCUUCAGUAAUCGCUGGUCAUAUGGAUUUGCUUUUGGGGCCAUUUCCUAUAGUGUACUGGAGCUCUUCUAUGAACAGCAUAUUCCAAAUUUUUUUCCAAAUUGGGCCAAAGCUAUAGCUUAUUUGAUUGGCGCCUUUGAGGUGGGUCUGGCAUAUUUCCCUUUUUUUGCCUGUCUGUCAACGCCAAACAAAGCAACUGGGGCUGUGAUGGGAAUAUGCUAUUCCUUAUUCUGGAUUACUGUUGUUGGCUGGGACUGGUUCACUUGCCUCUAUGUUUGGAAAUGGGGGAACUACAAGAAGCCAGUUUACGAGUGGCCCCGGGUUCUCUCUCUUAUCUUCCUCUUGGGACGUUUUUUUUCCUUGCUGGUAAAAGCUGUGCGCAGACAGUGUAAAGAUGAGCAGGAGGACUGUGAGAAUCUCAUGCACACUCAUCAGAUUGAACAUGUGAGGAGACUACUGAGGAAGCCAGCUGUGUACAGUAACCCACUGAACUGGUUCCAGCGACAUGUCUAUGAGUGGGACCCUCACUUCAAGUUUCCCAACCGGCUCAUUGGGACUGCCAUUGUAUCUCUCCUAACCCUUUAUACGAUGGUGCUAAUAGACUUUGGAUUGUUUUCUGCUCUAUUUAAAUGGUUUGAGAAACUUACGAACAGCGGAAUGUACUCUACUCAAAUACCACAGUGGCUGGAUGUCCUCUGGAAGUGUCACCAUGUUACUCUUAUAUCAGCAAGUCUCAACAUGGUGAUCUACAUUUGCCAUGUUUUAGUCUGUUACAGAAAACAAAUGAAAAGACUCUGGAAAGGGCACAAGGAUUUUCUGCCAAAGAAAUUACAAAACCCAAGUUCUGCUGUCAGUGUGGCUUCUAUUGCAAAAUAUUCUGGUUGGCAAAUAGCAUUCACUCUUUGGGGUUAUGUGAUUAUCCGGAUUGUUCAGUUUUUGGUUGCCUUUGUAAUUGCUUAUGCAAUUGUCAUACCAAUAAUAGAUGGUAAAGGGUGGAUGCUUUUCACAACAUUGGGAACCCUUCUUAUAUCGUUUGGCUUACUGCUGGGCCUCCUCAAGCUUCAAGUUUUUCUGGUUCAGUGGUUUUUCCUUCAAGACAAAAUAUCUCCAACUGAUGACCAAAAGCCUCUUGCCCUCAAUAACAGGAAUGCCUUUAACUGCUUCAAUUACUUCUUCUUCUUCUACAAUGUGGUGAUGGGAAUAACGAGCUGUUUCCUCCGGAUGAUGAUAAGCUUCGUGUUGGGGACGUGGCUGGUGUCUCGCAUUGACCGCACCAUCAUGCAGAAAGGAUAUGAGACGCUUGACAGGGGUUAUUGUACAUGGAUUGGGAUGAUUUUUGCUGACCACCACCACAGCAACCCAGUGAUGGUGUGCUUCUGUCAGAUGCUGCUUUCUCACAUUCAGUAUAUGCAACAUGAGUCCAGCUACUCCAUACUCAACAACGCCCCCUGUGAUUCAGCACAGAGCCGGGUUAAGAAGCGCUGGAGACUGUUUUACACUUUACUGAAGAACCCUCAUCUCAUCCCACUCCGGAAGCAGCACCUCCAUGCUAAUGUUCCUCUGAAGGUAUCCUCCUCUCCUCAGGCCGACCUUGUGGUGCGGGCUUGGCUCAUGCGCUCGGAGGCAGCCACAGAGAUGAUCUCAGACAAAUGCUGAAAUUUUGACCAGCCCCAAAACCUGCUUUACAAGAAAACCUACUGUAAAAAAUGAUAGGAGCAUAUCGAGUCACUAUUACAUACCUAAAUGCACUAUUACACUUGCACUUGAAUGUUUGUUGUAUAAUAGUUCUGUUCACACAUUCUCACGCUUUGUUUGCCUGUUAGAGAUUUGGAUCUUAUGAAUCUUAACUCGUACUUUUAGUAUAUUAUCGUCAUAUCUUAUUAUCAAGAUAAUUUUCUUUUCUUUUUUGGGGAAAGACCAAAUAUUCUACUGCACAGAAGGCUGUAAAUGGUGCUAUACCAAUGUUGUAAUCUUUGAAACAACUAUUUUUUCAGAGUUAUUUUUUUUAUUUUUUAUAAUUUGACCUGCAAUAUUGAAUGGGAUUUUGUUUUUGUUUUGUUUACAAGCGAGGUUUGUCAUUUCUUUUUGUACAAAGAGCAAAUAAACAGUUAUUAAUUGUUAUUAAA